CAAGCAACCAGCAUUUUUUUAAUCAUUUAAAUUAAUUUAUAUUACUACAAUUAAUUAAAACAUUUUCAAAUUUUGUCAAUUUUCGCAUCAAUUAUGCAACAUUUAUUGUAAAAAUGUGUUAUUUGUAAUUUUCGUUAUAAUAAAUAACAAAAGUCAGAAAUCUUUCAUAAACGCGCGUGCUUGUGUAGCUAAUGCGCAUGCUCAAUCGUCAGUCAGGAAGUUACAGUACUCUCCAAACAAACGUCAUUAAAAUGAUUUAAUUGCCUUCAUUUUUUUUAUUUCCUCCAUUCUUAAGCAUUUUUUUCCUCUCCGUGGAGCCUCCAGGAUUCCUUGCCGUGUCCUUCAGUAAUUUGGACUCCCGGUGCGCUGGAAAAUCCUGCCCGGGUCCACUGGCUCCACAAGGCGGGCGGACGUGCAGCUGCGUCACGGCCCGGAGGGGGCGGGACUCGGGGAGGUGAUCCCCGGGUUUAAAAGCGCCCCGGACCGCCGCCGUGAGAGCCGGAGAGUCGUCGUCACUUUCACGGACGGAGACCCAGCGGAACCGGGAGGAUACCCCCGCAAAAACAAUAAUCUUUGGAUCCCCCACCUCCCCAGAUAUUUGGACUCGGUUGCUUUUGGUUCCGGACACUCACGGAAGUAACCAAUCAGCACUUUAUGGAUCAGGAACCGACACACUUUGCAUCCCUGGCGACACUUUGAAGGUUUCUUCACAAGGAGAUCAUGAAAUCUGCAGAGGAGGAUGCGUACGGCUACACCCCCAACGUCAGCCUUUCCCUCCCGCUGGGGACCCCCUUGCUCGCCCCCCAGUACCUCAGCCUCCAGUCCAGCCCCAUCAUCUCCGUCUCAGAGGCUCACAGCUUUGAGGCUCACAACGACAUGAGCGUGCCCCCCGCCACCUACUACCCCUCCAGCGUCCGCCCCAAUGGUGCCCCCACCCUGGAGAGUCCUCGCAUCGAGAUCACGGCCUACGGUCAGUUUCCCGAGGACCAAGUGGAGGAGGACCGAGUCCCCGUGGCCAAGCGGGGCAACUCCAUCGUGACGCUGACCCUGCCCAGUGGCGACGGGUACCGGGACCCCAGCUGCUUGAGUCCGGCCAGCAGCGUCUCGUCCCGCAGCUGCCACUCCGAGGCGUCGUCCUACGAGUCGGGUUUCUCGUACAACUACGACAACUCGCCGCAGAAUUCCCCCUGGCAGUCCCCGUCGGUGUCCCCCAAGGGCUCCACCCUGGCCCUGCCGGGCGAUGGCUACGGUCCCGCCGUCUCCCCGCGACACUCCCCUUCCACCUCCCCCCGCACGAGCGUGACAGACGACGCCUUCAUCAGCCGGGGAAGCUCCAGGCCCAACUCCCCUUGUGGCGCUAAAAGGAAGUACAGCUUCAACGGGGGCGGGGCGGCGCACAAGCACUACCAGCAUUCCCCCCACCCCUCCCCCGGGGUGUCCCCUCAGACCUCGCCCCGCCUCAGCGUCACAGAGGAGACGUGGCUGCCCAACACCAACCAAUACACCAAUUCGGCCAUCUUGGCGGCCAUCAACGCCCUGAGCACAGACGGGGUGAGCGACCUCGGGGAGGGGGUCCCCAUGAAGGCCCGCAGGACCAGCCUGGAGCACAGCCCCACUGUCAGUCUCAAGCUGGAACCUGGAGGUGAGGUUCUCUCUCCCGACGAGCACCCCUCCCCCCGCCCGCCCCUGAAGAAGGAGGCCUACUGCGGAGGGUUCCUGGACGUCCCCCAGCAUCAGUACUCCUGGUCCAAGCCCAAGCAGUAUGUCAGCCCGUCCCUGCCCGCCCUGGACUGGCAGCUGCCGUCCAGCUCGGGACCCUACAGCCUGCAGAUCGAGGUGCAGCCCAAGUCCCACCACCGAGCCCACUACGAGACCGAAGGCAGCAGAGGGGCAGUGAAGGCUCUGGCGGGAGGACACCCCGUUGUUCAGCUGCACGGCUACGUGGACAACGAGCCGCUGACCCUGCAGCUUUUCAUCGGCACGGCAGACGACCGCCUGCUGAGGCCUCACGCCUUCUACCAGGUCCACCGCAUCACCGGGAAGACCGUGUCCACGCCCAGCAUGGAAGCCCUGCACAACAACACCAAAGUGCUGGAGAUCCCGCUCCUGCCCGAAAACAACAUGCGCGCCAUAAUCGACUGCGCCGGCAUCCUGAAGCUGCGGAACUCCGACAUCGAGCUCCGGAAGGGCGAGACGGACAUCGGACGCAAGAACACGCGCGUACGCAUGGUGUUCCGCGUGCACGUCAACCAGGCGGGCGGCAGGACCGUAUCCCUGCAGGCCGCAUCCAACCCCAUCGAGUGCUCCCAGAGGUCGGCUCAGGAGCUGCCGCUGGUGGACACGCAGAGUUUGGACACAAGCCCCGCCCCCGGAGGAGAAAGGAUGCUGCUGGACGGACACAACUUCCAGGCCGACUCCAAGGUGGUGUUUGUGGAGAAGGCUCAAGAUGGACAUCACUUAUGGGAGACGGAGGCCAAAGUGGACCGAGACGCCUCAAAGCAUAACGUGCUCCUGGUGGAAGUCCCGCCCUAUCGAAACCAGCGACUGGCCUUGCCCGUGCACGUCAACUUUUAUGUCUGCAACGGCAAGAGGAAACGAAGCCAAUACCAACGCUUCACCUACGUGCCGUCUGCAGUCCCAACCAUUAAAACGGAGCCGCGGGACGACUACGACGGCCCCCUGGUGGGCGCCCCACGCGGGACCGGCCACUCUUUGCCGCCCAAGCCGUACUUCCCCCCUCCGGUGACCCCCGAGCUGAGACCCUGUGUGGUGGGCGGGGCUUUCACGCAGCAGAGAUUGCCGACCAAUCCCUCCUCAGCUUCGUCCCCGAGCAGCAGCCCCAAACUACACGACCUGUCGCCGCCGCCGCCGCCCCCGCCGCCGCCCUUCUCGAUGCCCCACGUUUCCAUCAUUCAGGAAACUCCCGGUCGAUUCCAGCCGCCCGGCCUCUACCGGCCCAGCGUCUCCACGCCGCCCUCCACGCCCGCUUCCGGACCAGAGGCGCCUUUCUCCCCGAGCCACUGCAUGAGCCCCGGCGGGGGUGGCGGUAGCCCAGGCGCCCAGCAGCAGGGGAAGGCGGCGGAGAGGGUGCUGCAGGAGGAUGGCAGCCCCCCAGCGCUGGGCGUCAGCAUCAAGCAGGAACCGCAGGAACUGGACCAGAUGUACCUUGAUGAUGUCAACGAGAUCAUCAGGAACGACCUGUCCAGCAUCUCCGUCCACAGCCACGCGUAGCUCCACCCCCCACGCCGGGACACAGGAAGCAAAAAGUAACACUUUAAUGACACAAAGGUGGUCACCGGGGACCAACAGGGGCCUCUGUUGUUUUUCAGUCUUAUUUGACAUUUUUAUCUGAACGGCAAACGAGGCCACCGCCCAAAAAGCAGAGGACCCAGCAUGCAUUGCUUCUCCUGACGCUGCACUUUAGAAACCAACCAGUCUGCCAAAAGUGCCUUUUGGACCACAAGCCGAUAGGAGAGUUUAGGUAGCUUUUGCUAAACUUUACAAGCAAAACAUGGCUUUAAAAUAGCUUUUGUUAGGAAAAAGUACCAUAUGUGUGUACGUAUGUGUAUGUAUACCAACACACAUAGGAAAAAUACCAUAUGUGUGUACGUAUGUGUACAUAUACCAACACACAUAGGAAAAGUACCAUAUGUGUGUACGUAUGUGUAGUAUACCAACACACAUAUGUUGAUGUUCAAAGUCAAGCUAACCAUUCCUCUUAUGCUUCCAUGCACUUAAUGUACAGUUUGUUUUAUGUUUGUGUGUUUGUAUGCGUCUAAACCAGGGGUGGGCAAACUACGGCCCGGGGGCCACAUCUGGCCCGCCAAGUGUUUGAAUACGGCCCGUCCGUUCUUUCCAAAGUAUUUCAUUUAAACUCAACAUACAAGCUGGCAUCAUGGCUUGAGCCAACCUUUUGAUGGUUGUAUCAAUUUUGUUAUUUGAUGUGGUCUGUUGUUUACAAAGUGCUCCUGAAAAAAGGGACACAAGCAUAAUAAUAAUAAUAAUAAAUUUUUAAAUAUUUAAAUAUAAAAUAUUUAAAUAUAAAAUAUUUAAAUAAAAAUAUUUAAAUAUAAAAUAUUUAAAUAUAAAUAUAAAAUAAUAAAUAACAAUAGCAGAUUGCAUGACAAUUUUACAGAUACAAUAAUACCAGGUGGACUGUUACGUGUAAAAUAUAUAGUCUGCCCCCCCGUUUUGUUAAAUCAAUGCGGCCCGCGAGUCAAAAACUUUGCCCACCCCUGGUCUAAACGAUCCUAAUUCAUCUUUUAUUCCAGGAAAAAAAUCAUCUCAAAUUUAGCCAAAGGCAACGGAAGUAGGAACAUUCCAGCGUUUCCUUGUCUUAUGUUUUCUUUUUAUUUAUUCCGCUUGCAUGUGCUUGUGUAUCCGUGUUUAUCAUGCAGCCUCUAAUUGCAGAUGUAUACACAGCAUUUAUUUGUAUUUAUGGCUUUUAAUGCCUUUCAGCCAAAGAAGCAUCCACUUGUUAAUAUAAUCUCAGAAAAUUACCAAAACAGGUUCUUGGGUUGUAAAAUUGUAUUUUUAUGUGGACAUGACAAGUUUUUAAAACAAAUAAAACUUUUUAUAUGAUAUAUACAAAUAUAUUUAGAUACUUUUUUUUAAUAUAUUUGUAUUUAUUUGAUUGUUUUUGUCGCGUUUGUCCAUUAGGGAAAUGUACAAGGUACCAUGCAGGACAAUACAUUGACUUUAUUUACUGAUC